CAACAAAACAAGCCUAAUGGGUAAUGGCUUCCUCAGUUCCUCUCCAUCUCACGCCACUGCGCUGCCCUAGAACCUUCGCCGCCGCCCCUCUUUAGGAUUACCGUGUCCUCGAUCGCCCCCUGGCACGCCCGCCCCGAUCGCCCCCUGGCACGCCCGCCCCGGAUCCUGCACCGGAAUUCCGUGUGGAAUUCCGGACCCGAUCGAAAUCGAACCGCCUCCCUGCGUGCUCCCCUGAUCAAGAAAUUCUCACGCCGCGCGAACGCACGCCUGAGGCGGUUGGAUCCUCUGGUGGGGUUCCUUGGUCUCGAUUUGCUGUGGAUGGGGGCGCCGAAGCAGCGCUGGACGCCGGAGGAAGAGGCCGCUCUCAAGGCCGGCGUCGCCAAGCACGGGCCCGGCAAGUGGCGCACCAUCCUCCGGGACUCGGACUUCAGCGCGCUCCUGCGCCUCCGCUCCAAUGUUGACCUCAAGGACAAGUGGCGCAACUUGAGUGUCACCGCAGGAGGUUAUGGGUCUAGAGAGAAGGCAAGGAUGGCGUUGAAGAAAGGUAGACGUGUGGUGCCUAAGCUUACUGCUGAGCCAAUGGAUGUAGAUGUGAAGGAUAUGGACGAUGCUCAUGACACAGCCAUUGAUGUGGAACCGUUAGCAAUGGCUUUCGAGUCCUUGCCAACUGAGGAAAGUCCAGAUAAGUCAGUUGCUAGGCUCGAUGAUCUCAUAUUAGAAGCUAUAAGGAAGCUUAAGGAGCCUUCUGGGCCCAGUAAGGCAGCCAUUGCUGCAUACAUUGAGGACCAAUACUGGCCACCUGCUGAUUUUCAGCGCCUGCUAUCUACAAAACUGAAGGCAUUGGUUAAUUCCGGAAAAUUAAUCAAGGUAAACCAAAAGUACAGAAUUGCACCAAGUCCACCCCCCUCGGGCAGAAUAGGCACUAAGGUAUCCUCUGCUGAAGGGAUGAAGGCAGAAAAUAAUAAUGCUAAACGUCUAACUAAGCAUCAAGUGAUUGCUGAGCUGGAGAAGAUGAAAGGCAUGACCAAGGAAGAGGCAGCUGCCUUUGCUGCCAAGGCAGUUGCUGAGGCAGAAGUAGCAAUAGCAGAAGCUGAGGAAGCAGCAAGAGUUGCAGAGGCUGCAGAAAAUGAUGCUGAAGCUGCAAAGGCUUUUCUUGAUGCUGUCACUUUAUCAAUGAGAAACAGGAAUGCUGCUUCCAUGAUGCUUCGAGCUUGCUGAUCCUUUACCCAUGCGGUCAUAUGGUUUUGGCCAGCAGCACACCGGUGUUUCUGCUGCAAAGAUUUUCUGGAUAUAUGAGUUUCUUGUAUAGCCUUAUUUAUAGAUCACGACGCAUCAACUGGAGGGGUUUUCAACAUCUUGCUGUUGGUCCUUUGUCGUUGCAGCCUUUAGACAAUCGACAAUAUGAUAACAAGAAUUAUCGUGAAAGUAGUCUUCAUUUAUUUUUGUUUUCUUCCCAUUGUGUUGCUUUGUAAUUAAACUCUAGCCUUUUCGUUUAGUUAGUUGAAAUGGUGUCGUCUAGUAGAACUGUAGUGAAAAGAAAAUGAAGAAAAUGUUAGAU